UCAUCACCAUCACCAAACUCAAUCCAUUAUUCCCCACUCCCAAUCGUAUAAUUAACCAGCCAAGUAAUAAUAACCAUGAAGAAGAUCAACAUCCUCACGACGACUCCACUCUCCGCCGUCCUCAUCGCGACGCUGCUCAUCUUUAGCGACGGCAUUCUCGUCGUAAAGGGUUACAACGUAGACAAGAUCGCCUCCGGAUGCCGCAAGAACACAGACGGCACCGGCGAGACGAGGAGCCAGGCACUGAUGUCCAUCGACUCCGCGAUCCGUUUCGUGGGCUACAAGUUACCCAACCGGUGCGCAUGCGCCAACGGUUCGAAGGUCUUCGCCGCCGCGAAUUGCUCCGCCUUGCUCACCCCCAAGGGCUGCCAGCGGUGUCUCUACAACGCUCAGUACCGGGUCGUCGACACCGAGUGUCCGUACGCGAUCGGAGGCUGGCUGGCGCUUAAGGAUUGUUACGUGAGGUUUGACACCGGUACGAGGUUUUGUCAUGGUUAUUGAUGUUUCGCUAUAUCGACAUGGCCUAUAACAGAGAAUGAUAUUUGAUCAUUUUCAAAUCCCAACAGUCGACACCAUCAAACGUUACCGGAUCAUCCCUUUUUUUCCAAGACCUGCAGAUCAGCAAAACGUCACCGUGUCCACUUACCUAUCCGCUGCCGUUUUGCUGCUUCUCUUCCUUCGAUCAAGAAUGAAGCAAAACGUCAUCG